CCAGUUUUACAGCUCAUAACAACCUCCACACAACCCUCUUCGUCGGCCAGAAGUGUAUUGAAUCCGUUCAAAUCGUCACUUGUUUUGUCCGAGAAUUUGACAUUUUUUCCCAUUAAUCAUCAUGGCACCUAUCAUCCUAGCGUAUUGGGAUAUUCGUGGGUUCGCCCAGCCGAUCCGUCUCCUCUUGGCGAAUUCGGGGCUUGAGUGGGAGGACAAGCUGUACGUGACCGGACCUGCCCCCACGUUCGAUAAGACGUGCUGGUUCGGUGAAAAGGAAACUUUGGGAUUCGAUUUUCCAAAUCUGCCAUAUCUCAUCGACGGUGACGUGAAAGUGACCCAGACGAUCGCCAUUAUUCGCUACCUCGCUAGAAAGACGGGGCUCGCUGGGCAGUCGGACGACCAGCAGAGACGCAUCGAUCUAAUCACCGAGGAAUGGCACGAUUUCAAGGGACCCUUCUACCCGCUCUGCUACAACCCAGAGUUUCACUCCUUGAAACCUGCCUACUUGACUAACGCGGCCCUAAAACUGGCCCGUUUUUCUAAAUACUUGGGCGACAUGGCGUGGUUUGCUGGGGAUAAGCUCACCUACGUGGAUUUCCUAAUGUAUGAAAUAUUCGAUGAGCACAAACUCCUCGAGCCCACGAUUCUCUCAGCGUUUCCGAACCUGGAGGAAUUUCAGGCACGAUUCGAAGCCUUGCCGAAAAUCGCGGAAUUCAUCGCGUCCCCAAAAUUCAUCAAGUAUCCGAUCAACAAUAGAAUGGCUACUUUUGGGGGAUGAUGAGAAAAUGGGAGAAAUUUCCGCUGAAAUUCCCACAUAAAAUUUACAUUGAAAAGUUUGAUGUAAAAAUAAAGGCAGCUUAUCAUCAUUCCAAA